GUGAUCCUUCCAGUCCCCUCCCCGUCUUCAAUAUGGCGGCACCCAGGGGCACAAGCCGCACGUGAUGAAGUCCGAGCACCGGGCAAUCGGAGAGUGCGUGCAAGUGUGUGAGCCAGUUUCCUUCUGUACCGUCUGUUGCAUCCCUUCCACCCCCCAACUAGGUCCUCGCGGCCCCCUGCCUCUCUGCAGCCAUGAAGACAAAGCCCGUUUCCCACAAGACCGAAAACACGUACCGGCGGGUCAUGAAAUCUAACAUCUGGUGAAGCCACAUCGCCAACUUUCACCUGGUCCACCACAAUCUAGCAUGGAAAUUUUAUUUGAAAUGACACAACUGAACUUCUGCAAAUACAUUCAUUUCCUUACAUUUGCUGAACGACUGGGGAAUGUGAAUAUUGAUAUUAUUCACCGGAUUGAUAGAACUGCAAGCUAUGAUGAGGAAGUCGAAACCUACUUUUUUGAGGGUCUGCUGAAAUGGAGAGAAUUGAACCUUACAGAACACUUCGGCAAAUUUUACAAAGAAGUUAUUGACAAAUGCCAAUCCUUCAAUCAGUUGGUCUAUCAUCAAAAUGAGAUAGUUCAGAGUCUGAAGACUCACCUGCAAAUCAAGAACAGUUUUGCCUAUCAGCCCCUUUUGGAUUUGGUUGUACAGUUGGCACGAGAUCUGCAGACGGACUUCUAUCCACAUUUUCAGGAAUUUUUCCUGACUAUCACCUCACUCCUGGAGACUCAGGACACAGAGUUACUAGAAUGGGCUUUCACCUCACUGUCCUAUCUUUACAAGUACCUGUGGAGACUAAUGGUGAAGGACAUGUCCAAUAUAUACAGCAUGUAUAGUACACUCCUGGCUCAUAAAAAACUACAUAUAAGAAAUUUUGCUGCUGAAAGUUUUACUUUUUUGAUGAGAAAGGUUUCUGAUAAAAAUGCACUUUUCAAUAUAAUGUUUCUUGAUCUUGAUGAACAUCCGGAAAAGGUAGAAGGAGUUGGACAGUUGCUCUUUGAAAUGUGCAAAGGAGUUAGAAACAUGUUUCAUUCCUGUACAGGGAAGGCAGUGAAGCUAAUUUUACAAAAACUAGGACCAGUUACUGAAACAGAAACUCAACUACCAUGGAUUUUAGUUGGAGAAACACUCAAAAACAUGGUCAAAUCUACUGCGUCCUACAUCUACAAGGAACAUUUUGGUACAUUUUUUGAAUGUUUGCAAGAAUCACUCUUAGAUCUACAUACAAAAGUAACCACAACUAACUGUGGGGAAAGUUCUGAACAGAUAAGAAGGUUGUUAGAAACAUAUCUGAUACUUGUGAAACAUGGGAACGGAUCAAAGAUAAUCAAACCUAUCGAUGUUUGUAAGGUGUUAUCUCAAACAUUACAAAUAGCCAAUCUUUCUACAGCUUGCCGGGAGACCCUCUUGGCUGUAAUUUCUGCUUUGAUCCUGGGUGAAAAUGUUCCCUUGCCAGAGACUCUUAUCAAAGAAACCAUACAAAAAAUUUUUGAGAGCAGAUUUGAAAGACGUUUAAUUUUGGAUUUUUCUGAAGUUAUGUUUGUUAUGAAGCAGUUUGAGCAGCUUUUCCUACCAAGCUUUCUCUUGUAUAUUGAAAAUUGCUUCUUGAUUGAUGAGGCUGCUGUCAAAGAUGAAGCUCUGGCCAUUUUGGCCAAGCUCAUUCUGAACAAAGCAGCACCUCCCACUGCUGGCUCGAUGGCAAUUGAGAAGUACCCCCUGGUCUUUUCACAACAGACAGUGGGAUCCUAUUUAAGGCAGAAGAAGACCAGAUCCAAGGGAGGAAAAGAACAGAUCCCAGUAUUGGACCACCUCUUAUCUAUAAUUCAGUUACCCCCAAAUAAAGAUGCUACUUACCUUUCACAUUCUUGGGCAGCCCUUGUCGUGUUACCUCAUAUUAGACCUCUUGAGAAAGAUAAGGUGAUACCACUAGUCACAUGCUUCAUAGAGUCACUCUUCGUGAAUGUUGACAGAGGCAGCUUUUCAAAAGGAAACUUAUUUGUUCUUUGUCAAGCUGUAAAUACUCUGCUAAGUUUGGAAGAAUCUUCUGAACUUCUUCAUUUGGUUCCUGUGGAACGUGUGAAGAAUUUAGUAUUAACAUUUCCUUUGGAGCCAUCUGUGUUGCUGUUAGCCGAUCUCUAUUAUCAGAGAUUAUCCUUAUGUGGCUGCAAAGGGCCACUUUCUGAGGAAGCUUUAAUGGAAUUAUUUCCCAAGUUACAAGCAAACAUUUCAACUGGUAUAUCCAAGAUUCGGCUUUUGACAAUAAGGAUCCUAAACCAUUUUGAGCUUCGACUUCCAGAAUUGAUGGAGGAUGAUGGGCUCUCAGAGCGUCAGUCUGCCUUUGCUAUAUUACGCCAGGCAGAACUUGUCCCAGCAACUGUGAGCGAUUACAGAGAGAAGCUUCUUCAUUUGAGAAAACUAAGACAUGAUGUGGUACAGGCUGCAGUCCCUGAUGGGCCGUUACAGGAGGUGCCGCUUCGUUAUUUAUUAGGCAUGUUAUAUGUUAACUUCAGUGCCCUCUGGGAUCCUGUCAUUGAACUCAUAAGUUCUCAUGCACACGAAAUGGAAAAUAAGCAAUUUUGGAAAGUUUACUAUGAACAUCUAGAAAAAGCAGCUGUACACGCUGAGAAAGAGCUGCAAAAUGAUGUCAGAGACGAGGAGUCCAUUGGAGAUGAAAAUUGGGAGCAGACUCAGGAAGGAGAUGUUGGAGCUCUUUAUCAUGAGCAGUUAACAUUGAAAACUGACUGUCAGGAAAGACUGGACCACACCAACUUUCGUUUUUUGCUCUGGCGAGCUCUGGCAAAAUUCCCAGAGAGGGUAGAACCACGGUCCAGGGAGCUCUCCCCACUUUUCCUGAGAUUUAUCAACAAUGAGUAUUACCCGGCAGACCUGCAAGUCGCUCCAACCCAGGAUCUGCGAAGGAAAGCCAAAGGGGAGGCAGCAGAGGAAGUAGAAGAGGAACCUGCUGCAGGAGAUGCUGAAGAGCUGGAGGAAGAAGUGGUGCCCAUGGAUGAACCCUCACAGAAGAAAAAGACAAGAAGAGCUGCAGCAAAGCAGUUAAUUGCUCAUUUGCAAGUUUUCUCUAAGUUUUCAAAUCCACGAGCCUUAUAUCUGGAGUCUAAAUUAUAUGAGCUGUAUCUUCAGUUGUUGCUACAUCAAGAUCAAAUGGUGCAAAAAAUAACCCUGGAUUGUAUAAUGACAUACAGACAUCCACAUAUCCUCCCUUACAGGGAAAACUUACAAAGAUUGCUUGAAGACAGAAGCUUUAAGGAAGAGAUAGUGCAUUUUAGCAUUUCUGAAGAUAAUUCAGUAGUGAAAACAGCCCACCGAGCAGAUCUGUUUCCUAUUCUGAUGAGAAUUUUGUAUGGCCGAAUGAAGAAUAAGACUGGCAGUAAAACUCAGGGGAAAGCCGCUUCAGGCACCCGCAUGUCCAUUGUCCUGAGGUUCCUCGCUGGGACCCAACCGGAGGAGAUCCAGAUAUUCUUAGACCUGCUAUUUGAACCUGUGAAGCACUUCAAGAACGGAGAAUGUCAUUCUGCAGUCAUUCAAGCAGUAGAAGAUUUGGAUUUGUCUAAAGUUCUUCCUUUAGGUCGUCAGCAUGGUAUCUUAAAUAGCCUUGAAAUAGUAUUGAAGAACAUCAGUCAUCUGAUCAGUGCAUACUUACCAAAGAUUUUGCAGAUAUUGCUGUGCAUGACAGCGACUGCAUCGCACAUCCUUGACCAGCGAGAAAAGAUACACCUCAGGUUUAUUAACCCACUGAAAAAUUUAAGACGUCUUGGAAUCAAAAUGGUAACUGACAUCUUUCUGGAUUGGGAGUCUUACCAAUUCAGAACUGAAGAAAUUGAUGCUGUAUUUCAUGGUGCAGUUUGGCCCCAGAUCAGAAGGCUUGGAUCUGAGAGUCAGUAUUCUCCUACUCCUCUGCUGAAACUAAUUAGUAUCUGGAGCAGAAAUGCAAGAUAUUUCCCUUUCCUGGCUAAACAGAAACCUGGGUACCCAGAGUGUGAUAUUCUGACCAACGUUUUUGCAAUUCUCUCAGCAAAGAAUCUCUCUGAAGCCACAGCCACUAUUGUGAUGGAUAUAGCUGAUGACCUUCUUAACCUUCCAGAUUUUGAACCCACAGAAACACUUUUGAGCUUGCCAGUAACUGGAUGUGUAUACACAGAAAGUGCAGAUGAGUCUGUCACGUUGGGAGGACAAUUAAUUCUACCUCAUGUUCCUGCAAUUCUCCAGUAUUUCAGCAAAACCACAAUAAGUGCAGAAAGGGUGAAAAAGAAGAAGAAUAGGGCACAAGUCAGUAAGGAACUUGGCAUUCUGUCAAAGAUCAGCAAGUUCAUCAGAGACAAAGAACAAAGUUCUCUACUCAUUACACUUCUUCUUCCUUUCCUUCACCGUGGCAAUAUUGCUCAGGAUACAGAGGUUGAUAUUUUGGUGACAGUACAAAACCUGUUGAAACAUUGUCUGGAGCCUACAAGCUUCCUCAAGCCUCUAGCAAAACUCUUUUCGGUUAUUAAAAAUAAGUUGUCAAGACAAUUGCUUUGUACAGUUUUCCAGACUCUUUCUGAUUUUCAGAGUGGAUUAAAAUAUAUUACUGAUAUUGUCAAGCUUAACGCCUUUGAUCAAAGACAUCUUGAUGAUAUCAACUUUGAUGUUCGCUUCUCAACAUUCCAGACCAUCACUUCUUAUAUUAAAGAGAUGCAAACUGUGGAUGUUAACUACCUAAUUCCAGUUAUGCAUAAUUGUUUCUAUAAUAUGGAGUUAGGAGACAUGUCUUUAAGUGAUAAUGCCAGCAUGUGCCUGAUGAGUAUCAUCAAAAAACUAGCUGCUCUGAACGUCACAGAAAAAGAAUAUAGGGAAAUCAUUCAUCGUUCACUCCUGGAGAAGUUGAGGAAAGGAUUGAAGAGCCAGACAGAGAAUAUACAACAGGAUUAUACCACAGUGCUUUCCUGUUUAGUUCAAACCUUUCCAGAUCAACCAGAAUUUAAAGACUUGGUACAGCUUACUGAUUGCCAUGAUCCAGAAAUGGACUUCUUUGAGAAUAUGAAGCACAUUCAGAUCCACAGAAGAGCAAGAGCCUUGAAGAAACUGGCAAAACAACUAAUGGAAGGCAAAGUUGUGCUUUCUUCUAAAGCUCUUCAGAAUUACAUCAUGCCUUAUGCCAUGACUCCAAUUUUUGAUGAGAAAAUGCUCAAGCAUGAAAAUAUAACCAUUGCUGCCACAGAAGUUAUUGGAGCUAUUUGCAGACAUCUCUCUUGGUCAGCAUAUAUCUAUUACUUGAAACAUUUCAUUCAUGUUUUACAGACAGGACAGGUCAAUCAAAAGCUGGGUGUCAGUUUGCUAGUAAUAGUGUUAGAAGCAUUCCACUUUGACCACAAAACUCUUGAAGAACAAGUGAGAAAAAUCCAGAAUGAUGAAAGUGACUUUUGUUGUUUACUAAACAUAGACACAAUAGAAGUGAUUGAGUUGCCCGAGCAUGAAACCAUGGAAUUAGAGCAAAUGGAUGAGGAAGAGAAGGAAAACAAAUGUAAGAGUUUGUCAGACAAUAGCCAAGAAUUGGGAAAUCCUGAUCCAGCUGAUUGUGAAGGGACAUCAGCUAGAGAACCUGAGUGUAUCACGGAGUCCAUCUCUUUCCUUCCUCGGAAUAAGGAAGAAUUGGAGAGAACAAUUAAAAAUAUCCAAGGAACCAUAACUGGGGAUAUCCUUCCCCGGCUACAUAAAUGCCUGGCAUCUACGACUAAAAGGGAAGAAGAACACAAGCUCAUAAAAUCCAAAGUUGUGAAUGAUGAGGAAGUAGUUCGCGUUCCUUUAGCUUUUGCCAUGGUUAAACUAAUGCAGUCCCUUCCACAAGAAGUUAUGGAAGCUAAUCUGCCAAGUAUUUUGUUGAAAGUAUGUGCCCUCCUCAAGAACAGAACACAGGAAAUCAGAGACAUUGCACGCAGCACUCUAGCAAAAAUAAUAGAAGAUCUAGGUGUGCACUACCUACAGUAUAUUUUAAAAGAGUUACAGACUACCCUUGUCCGUGGAUAUCAGGUCCAUGUGCUAACUUUCACUGUUUACAUGUUGCUGCAAGGCCUCACCAACAAGCUACAAGUUGGGGAUUUGGACUCUUGUUUAGAUAUAAUGAUAGAGAUUUUUAACCAUGAGUUGUUUGGUGCCAUUGCUGAAGAGAAGGAAGUGAAGCAGAUCCUCUCCAAGGUCAUGGAGGCACGAAGAAGCAAAAGUUACGAUUCUUAUGAAAUCCUGGGCAAGUUUAUAGGAAAAGAUCAGGUUACAAAACUUAUCCUUCCAUUAAAAGAGAUCUUACAAAAUACCACAAGUUUAAAACUGGCCCGGAAAGUUCAUGAAACCUUGCGCCGAAUCAUAGCAGGAUUAAUUGUAAAUCAGGAAAUGACUGCAGAAUCCAUUCUAUUGCUCAGUUAUGGUUUGGUCAGUGAAAAUCUCCCCCUGUUAACAGAAAAAGAAAAAAAUCCAGGAGCCCAUGCACUAGAUCCACGUCUCCCACCCGAGAGCUGUCUUCUGCUCCCCCCAACUCCAGUUCGAGGUGGGCAGAAAGCUGCUGUGAGCAGGAAAACCAACAUGCACAUAUUUAUUGAGUCCGGGCUUCGGCUGCUACAUCUGAGUCUGAAGACUUCCAAGAUCAAGUCUUCAAGUGAACCUAUUCUGGAAAUGUUGGAUCCUUUUGUCUCUCUCCUCAUAGACUGCCUGGUUUCCAUGGAUGUGAAGGUGAUCACAGGUGCUUUACAAUGCCUGAUCUGGGUCUUGAGGUUCCCUCUGCCUUCCAUAGAAACAAAAGCAGAACAGCUGACCAAACACCUUUUCCUUUUGCUGAAGGACUAUGCAAAACUUGGAGCUGCCAGGGGCCAGAACUUCCACCUGGUGGUAAAUUGUUUCAAGUGUGUGACCAUACUUGUGAAGAAAGUGAAGUCUUACCAGAUAACCGAGAAGCAGCUUCAAGUUCUACUAGCAUAUGCUGAGGAAGACAUUUAUGAUACUUCAAGACAGGCUACUGCAUUCGGUCUUCUGAAGGCCAUUUUAUCAAGAAAGUUGUUGGUCCCGGAAAUCGAUGAUGUCAUGCGGAAAGUAUCUAAGUUGGCAAUUUCUGCACAAAGCGAACCCGUCAGAGUCCAGUGCAGACAGGUUUUUCUGAAAUAUAUUCUUGACUAUCCCCUGGGUGACAAAUUGAGACCAAACUUGGAAUUCAUGCUUGCUCAACUGAAUUACGAACAUGAGACUGGGAGAGAGUCUGCACUGGAAAUGAUCUCCUAUCUCUUUGACACAUUCCCUCAGGGACUGCUCCAUGAGAACUGCGGAAUGUUCUUUAUUCCUCUUUGUCUAAUGAUGGUGAAUGAUGACUCUGCCAUGUGUAAAAAGAUGGCAUCCAUGACAAUCAAAUCUUUACUCAGUAAAAUCAACCUUGAGAAAAAAGAUUGGCUCUUUGAAAUGGUUACCACCUGGUUUGGAGCAAAAAAGAGCUUAAAUAGACAACUGGCUGCCCUCAUCUGUGGCUUGUUUGUGGAAAGUGAAGGAGUCUCUUUUGAGAGAAGACUUGGAACUGUUCUUCCUGUGAUUGAAAAGGAAAUUGAUCCCGAAAACUUUAAAGAUAUCAUGGAAGAGACUGAAGAAAAAGCUGCAGAUCGCCUUCUGUUUAGUUUUCUUACACUGAUUAGUAAACUCAUCAAGGAAUGUAAUAUUAUUCAGUUUACCAAGCCCUCUGAGACGUUGAAUAAAAUCUGGAGUUAUGUGCACUGUCACCUGAGACAUCCACACAGCUGGGUGUGGCUCACUGCAGCCCAGAUUUUUGGAUUACUCUUUGCCUCUUGCCAACCAGAGGAACUUAUUAGACAGAAGGCCAAAAAAACUAAAAAGAAACUCUCAGUACCUGUAGCAAUAAGGUUCCUAACAAAUGACCUUGAGCAAAAGAUGAAAAGUAUCUCCCUAGCCUCUUGCCAUCAAUUGCAUUCCAAAUUCUUAGAUCAGUCCCUAGGAGAGCAGGUUGUUAAGAAUUUGUUAUUUGUAGCCAAAGUCUUGUAUUUACUGGAACCUGAAUCUGAGGAUAAGCAAGGUAAGAUAAAAGAAGACAUGGAAGAAGAAGCAGCUUUAGGAGAUGGUGUGGCCAGAGGGGAAGUGAAAGAACACAAGUCCUGUGCACAUGUGAAGAUGGACCCUGACAAAGAAGAGAACGAGGAGGCAAAGGAAGAACACAGCAAGCCAGCCACGCUGCUGUGGCUGAUCCAGAAGUUGUCCCGGAUCGCAAAACUGGAGGCUGCCUAUUCACCUAGAAACCCCUUAAAGAGAUCGUGCAUCUUUAAGUUUCUCGGAGCUGUAGCAUUGGAUCUUGGAAUAGACAAGGUGAAGCCGUAUCUCCCAGUGAUCAUAGCUCCUUUGUUCCGAGAAAUGAACAGCACCUACUCGGACGAGGAUCCUAUGCUGAAGAAUCUAUCCCUGGAAAUCAUAGAAUUACUCAAAAAGCUGGUUGGACUUGAGAGCUUCUCCUUAGCCUUUGCCUCAGUACAGAAACAGGCUAAUGAGAAAAGGGCACUCCGGAAAAAGAGGAAGGCUUUAGAGUUCGUAACUAAUCCUGAUAUUGCUGCCAAGAAAAAGCUGAAGAAACACAAAAAUAAAAGUGAAGCAAAGAAGAGAAAGAUAGAGUUCCUGCGUCCAGGCUAUAAGACCAAGAGACAAAAGAGCCACAGCCUGAAAGAUUUAGCAAUAGUGGAGUAAUAUGCUCCCUCUGCUGAUAAAGUAUCACAAUUUACCCCAAGGCAUGAACUUCUCCAUGUAUCUGCUGGUCUGAAAUCACAGCAGGUUUUAUUAUUUAAGUUAAACUGGCACAGAUUGUAUAUUACACAGUUUAAUCAUGCUUAUAUUUUUUAAAUUAAAACAUUUUCAUAAUACUACUGUAUCUUCACUGUCUAAAAAACAUGACACUAGUGAUAAUGUUUUUUUUUAAGUCAUAUUUUAAAAUAGCAAGACAAUGUAGAAGUUAGAAAUAAAACAAGUGAUAUGCAAUACUUUUAUGGAGAAAAUUAUAAAACUUUAUCAAAAGUCAUUAAAAGAAAUCUGCACAAAUGAAGAAAUAACCAUGUUCAUGAACAGCAAGACUUAGUAUCAUAAGAUACUAGUUCUUCCCAAACUGGAUCCCAUUGGUUAAAGGCAUAUCUGUGUAAAAUCCCAAGAGUUCUUCAUAUUAUCCUAACAAACUGAUUCUAAAAUUUAUAUGGAAGAUAAGCUGAAAAGGGUGAGUUUUCCCUGUCAGAUAUCAAAAGUAAGUCACAAGAAGUGCUCUCCAUAGUGAACAUGUAAUAAAUUCUACAUGAAAAUUAAAAAUUUCUGCUUGUGCGGACACAACCGGGAUAUGGUAUGUAGCAUAUAUGGAUAAUGAAUGUAGUAGUACCCAGGUUACAUAAUGAAUAAUUAUGAAUCAACAAAGACAAUCCAGUAGAAAAAGUGUCACUGCAGAGAAGAAAAAGAAAUGGAGCUUAAACAUUAAUACUUGAUGUGGCUAUCCUAGUUCCUAAACAUUCAAGUACUUAUGUACUAGUUGGUAAGUAGUCACUGCCUUGGGACACACAAGUGCCACCUUGGCUAUGUGAGUCCCUAGAUUCCCUAUCUCCCCACACCAAAAAUUACAGGAUUAACACCUGGACUAGUAGGGGUCUUCCUACAUCAGCUAUGUCUGGUUAUUUAAUACUUUGAAUCACUCCUAUAUUCAACCUCAGUAAUUACAAAAAUGCAAAUUAACAUCAGAAUGAAAUUCCAUUUUGAACCCUUUAGUUUGAUAAGGUUGACAAUGCCAAGUGUUGGCAAGCUUGGGGAAGCAAAGGGAACUCUUAUAAACCACUUUGGAAAACAAUGUGGUAUUAUCUUGUUCACCUAUACGGUAUCUUUGUCUCAAUCUACACGUGGUGUGGAAGCAAUAUUCUUUAGUGCUCAAUAUAUUGGGGAGGCGGGAAGAAUCCAUCCUAUGUGCCAGAUACUUUGCUAACAUUUUGUUUAGUCCUCAUAGUAUUCCUGAGAGCCGCCUAAAAUUGCUUCUUAUUUAACUGAUAAACUGAGACUCAGGUUAGGUAAUUUACCUAAGGGUAACAGAGGUUGCAGGUGGCAUAAGUAGGAUUCACACCCAGGACUGAAAGCCUAUGCUUUUUAUAAUUUCUAAUUAUGGAGUCAGAAUAUAGCAUAUGGCAUAGAAAUCAAAUGUUCAAACAUUCUUGAACUUCAGCAUCUGUGUUUUGAUGUAGUUUGUCUCAAACAGGAGUUCUCACACUUCCAAGGGGUUUGUAAUGUGCCAAAAGCAUAAACAUGGGGCAUCACAGAAGGCUGACUGCAAUUAAUUCUAAGUGAUUUAAAGUGCAUGUACAGCUUUUAUAAAAAUUUUUAAAAUAAAAAAAUCAGAAGUUAACACUAAGACAAAAAUCAGAAAGAACAAGUAUCUCAGGGAUAUUGAGCACAAUUUAGUAAAUAUUUAUUCAGUGCCUACUGUAUGCCAAGUGCACCACACUAGAUGCAAGGGAUACUAACAAUAAGAUAUGGUCCCUUCUCUCAAGGAGCUUACCUUUCUACAACUCAGCACUUAUCUCAAAUAUUCUAAUAGCAAAAUUCCACCACUCUUUUUAAAUGUUAACACAUGACACAGCAUAAUUACCAACCAGAGUUAUAAAACAGAAUAUUAGAGCUAAAAGAAGCCUUUGAUAUGAUUUGUCCAAGUCUCUCGUUUUAUGGAAAACAAACAAACUGAAGGAAUGGCCAUUUAUGCCUAGAACUCGUGUUCAGAUUUUAAGUUUGGUGCUUCUCCCAUUUUCAGGGUUCUGCAAAAUAAUAUUCAGUAGAUUUUUUAAGUAACAUUCAAACUCCUGUAACUUACCUAUAUAGUUGUUUCCUACUAGACAAGGACCUCAUAAUUAUACCAUUUUAAAAUUAGUGUAUGCUCUGUUUACCCCAUUCUAGCCUUUGUGAUAAAACAGAGAGAUCACAGUCAUUCAAGUGCCGGUGUCUGCUACUACUUCAGGUGUGUUCAGUAUUCAAGAUGGCAAGAAUGUUAUGUGCUGCCCAGCAUCUGCCUGCCUGGGCCUCUCUCCGCCCACACUUCUCACAAUGUUCCUAAAGUGCUGGGGUGGGGGUGUGGGGCACCUAGCUACUUAGGUACAAACCCUGCCACUGACCAGAAGGAAACCCAAGUAGAAGUUGAAGCAGUACUAUUUUCCUAGCUGGCAAACAUAUAACCUACUAUUUCAACCAUGCAUAUACUCUAAGGUGCCAUAAUGUGCCAGGCACUACAUUGGAUUCUAAGGAUAUAUAUGAAAAAGUCUGUCCAUCAGGAGCGAUUUGGAAACUAUGAAACAAUGUUAAUUACAUUCUCAGUAAUAUUAGAUGCAGCACUAACACUUGGGCCUGGAAGGUCUCCAAAAAAGACUUCAGAGACCAAAUUAAGAAUGGUGCUGGGGAAUGGGCAGAAAGAUUAAAGUCCCCCCCAUAAAAAGGGGGUGCCUGGGUGGCUCAGUCAUUAAGCGUCUGCCUUCAGCUCAGGUCAUGGUCCCAGGGUCCUGGGAUCGAGCCCCACAUCAGGCUUCCUGCUCCGCGGGAAGCCUGCUUUUCCCUCUCCCACUCCCCCUGCUUGUGUUCCUUCUCUCGCUGUCUCUCUGUCAAAUAAAUAAAUAAAAUCUUUAAAAAAAAAAAAAAUUAAAGUCCCACAGGUAAAAAGAGAAAGCCACAUUCAUUUGAUCUAAAAGACCAAAAGUAUGAAGGAGAGGCUAUAGGCCUCCAGAAAGGCGUUGGCUAGAACAGGGAAUGGACCACUAGUGUUCACAAGAACACCAGUGAGGGGCAUCAAGUAUUUUAAAUGCUGGUUGUCCAACUUAAAGAUUCCCCCAAGUUUAAGGUAAAUACAAGGGACCAUAUUCUGUCACCACUGUAGCCAAUCCUGUGGUAGACUGGGUAGUUUGAAAAGUUCCUCUGAACAUAAUU